AAUUAUCCACUUCACUCUUUCUGCUUCAAACAAUGGCAGCUUCAACUUCCUCGCUGAUUUCCACAGCUUCGAAUUUCCACUUUUGCCCCACAACUCUCUCCCAAAUCCCAUCCCUACCCCAAGCCCUCUCCUUUCCUCUGCGGACCCGACCCGCCCGCAGUUUGUCGCUCAAUGUGCAGUCACUGGAGUUCUCCGGCUCCUUCUUUGAAGGCGGCGGGUUCCAGUCGGAGGACGACCCGAAUUCCCCGUCCGGCCCGGGGUUGACCGCCGUGGAGGACAAGGAGGAGCCGACGUGCCCGCCGGGGCUCCGCCAGUACGAGACCAUGGCGGUUCUCAGACCCGAUAUGUCUGAGGAUGAAAGACUCGCUCUUACUCAGAAGUACGAGGAGUUGCUUAUAGCUGGAGGUGGCAUGUAUGUCGAGGUCUUCAACAGAGGAGUGAUUCCACUAGCCUAUAGCAUCCAGAAGAAAAACAAAGCGGGAGAAUCCAACACUUACCUGGAUGGGAUCUACCUACUCUUUACCUACUUCACAAAACCCGAAUCUAUGGAGUUUCUUGAACAGAAUCUGAAAGCUGAUGACAAUGUCAUCCGAUCUCUGAGUUUCAAAAUAAGGAAGAGGAAGUACUAGUUUAGGUCAAGUCUUUUGUCCAUCCCUCAGAGGAAGAACAGGGAAGGAAAAAAGCCAUGUACAAUGUAAUCCCAUAUGCGUUGAAUCCUCCAAUUUCCCCUUGUUAUUGAGAUUCAGGUCAUUUAGUUUUUGUUGUAACAUAGUUGACUACCUUUUAUUAAUGAUCAAAUAAAAUGUAUUCAAUUGAUGAAAUCAUCUUUAAGAAUGACUUGUGAAUCAGCAUCAUAAUAUGGAGUCUUGA